AUGAAACGCGUGAAGCCCGACCCCGACGACACCGACGCCAAAGACGCCUUGGCCAACAUCACCAAGAUCCCCGCGUGCCAGCGGUGUCGGGUCAAGAAGAUCAAGUGCGACCAGAACUUCCCCAAAUGCCUGAAGUGUGCCAAGAUCGGGGCCGACUGCAUCGUGUUUGACCCCGUCGUGGCCCGUGAGGUGCCGAGACUGUACACGUUACAGCUUGAGGACCGGGUGAAGGCGUUGGAGGCCCAGUUGAAGCAGAGCGGCAUCGAGGUUAAUUCGCUGGAACCUAAUGAUGCUAAGCGAGCUAAAGUGGUGGGUAAUGGUCUGGUGGCUGCUACUGAGGCUGUGGGACCCGGGGAUGGCAUGGGCGAUACCAAUAUCUCGUUUUCUCGGUUGAUGCUGACGGCAGUGAGAGUCAACAAUAAUAAAAAGCUGAUCCCGAUUUUACAGAAUCCAAGCUUAGGCCGACGAGACCUGACUACGGUGGGUAACCAGCUGAUCCCGAUAUUACCAGCCAUCCUCCCGCCCAAGAUUACUGCCCUCGAAUUCCUCCAAGUAUUCUUUGCCCAAUCCAACUCCCAGCUCCCUAUUUUGCACCGAGAAGAGUUCUUAAAGGAAUACUUCCUCCCCAUCUACGGCCCGUUCAAUUUUGCCGACUUUUCCCUCGCAUCCAACUAUACAGAGAUCAACGCUGACUACAUCAUGGACCAGCUGUCGGCCACCGUUGGCGCCACUGCAGGCGUCCAAGAGGCCCCUUGGUUCGACCAGUACAUCCAGAAGUUUGAAACGGCGUUACAAGGGUGUACUGACCCUACUGACGACCAUAUCCGCAAAGUACUGAAUGGCAUCAGACCACCCAAGAAAUACCACAAAGCGCUCUAUUUCUUGAACAUGUGCUUUGCCAUUGCUCUGCUGGCGAAACACUUGCAGUACCCGAUCCUGAUUCUGGCGCUGUUCCGGUUUGCCGCCUGUAAGUACUUUGACAAAGUACACCAGCUGGGCGACCACUUGGAGGCAUUACAGGGGAUCUUAUUGUUUGCCGUUUACCUGACGAUGCGCCCCACCUACCCCGGGGUAUGGUACACGUUGGGACUGGCGUUACGGCUCUGUGUCGACCUUGAGCUCCAUAAUGAACUUAACCUGAAGAUCCACCAAGACCUCGACCCGUUCAUUGUUGAUAAACGGCGACGGCUCUUUUGGUGCACAUACCUGUUGGACCGCCAAGUAUGUUUUUAUUUGAACCGUCCCGUGGGCAUCCCCGAUCAGAGUAUCAACACCCCGUUUCCUUCCAAGAACGAUGACGCCGAAAUCGUCCCCUUGGAAUGUGCUGCUAAAGCAAAGAAAUUCUCUGGUCACCCUCUGUAUAAACGCGUGGCGUGUCUGAUGUUCAAAAUCCGGCAAAUCCAGCUGGAACUCCAACGGAUCUUAUACACUAAUUGUGAGCUUCCACGUAAGUUUAAGUCGGUGGACGAAUGGCGAGGGCUGAUACUCCGCAGACUCCACGAGUGGCGCCAGCUGUGUCCCCGUCGUCCCGUGGAAAUGAACUGUGACUUUAACACUCGGUUCUUUGACCUCAACUACUACCACGCUCUACUUAACCUUUACGGGCUCUCACCGAAGAACCACUGCUUGCUGACGGAGGACUUCUUACAGGUGCUGAUGGCGGCCCGGGGCCUCAUUGAAGUGUACCAGGAGCUUCUCGAGCUCAAACUGAUCAACUUCACCUGGGCUGCCGUCCACAACUUGUUCAUGGCGGGGCUGCUGUAUUUGUUCCUGAUCUACAACUGUGAGGAAGUACGCAAAGUCAACCCUAUUCUCGAAGUGAAGAAAGUGACGCUGCAAGCCUUGAACAUCCUCAAUCUGCUAGUGGACCGCUGUGACGCCGCCAUCACCUGUCGCGACAUCUUCAAGAACUUAACCAUGGUCAUCAUCAAGAUCAAGUAUAAUGAGGUUGUCCACGGCAACACCAAGGCGGUGCUGAAGGAGAUGAUCCACAACAUCGACUCCAACGCCAACUCGCUGUUGAUGAAGCUUGUGGAGAUCUUGAACCAGGAGAAACCCACACAACUGCCAGGCCCGCCGCUGGCCAACCCCGCAGUGCCAGAAGCGUUCCCCGAACGGUUAUGGCGUGACGCUUACCCGCUCAUGGUGCAAUCGCAAGAACAAACGACAUUUGACUGGAUCCCGGCUCCCGACGACGGCCGCACCCCGAUGACGGUGGACCUGCCUGCUCGCGCCCUGCUGAUGGCUCAGACGCCGGCCAAUAACAACAACAACAAUGACGUUGGUGGCGGCGCUCCCAACAUCCCCAUCAACGAACUCGAAACGUUCUUCCAGGAAUUGGAGAACGUGCUGCCGAUGUCGCUGGGUCUGCGGCGCGAUUCCGCCUACGAAGCCUUCCGCCACGAUAUCUAUAACCUGCCACUGGGAGAUAGCGACAAGCCGCAACUGCCUCACCCUCAGCAGCGUGAGUACCGCGAAGACCGCAAGGCGUUUGAGAUGAUGAGACAAAUGCCCAACGAGAUAAUCUGGGACCAGUUCUUCACCAAUCCGGGGCAGGGGCCAAGCAACAUCAGCUUGAACCCGGGGUUUUUAACCGACAACUCUGAUACUGUCAGCAACAACGGCUGA